UACGUAUCCUUUUAGAACACCGGUGUUUCAGUGUUCACCAGACGGCGACUCGUCGAGAGAUCCAUGAUUCCCGUAGAAGUUGGACCAUCUUUGCUCGUCAGUGAUAGUUUGAUAGUUUGAAUUCGUUAGGCUUUUGUCGGCCCCUCUCUGGUUCAGGCGUUUGAGACACCCCCCGCCCCCAAUCGAGAGCCGAAACCAUGAGCGGCGAAACCGACCAAUUCUUGAGCCACAACAAAUCCAAACCAGCGGCUUCUCCUCCUCGGAAUGGCUGCUGUCACACCAAGGGCACGGCCAUUUGUUGCAUGCUGACGGGGGCGUUGGGCGCCGCCGUGGUCCUGGUGGGCAUCUUGGUCCUGCUCCUGGGCGAGGGCUAUCUCGAGAAGGCCAUUGAGCAAUCCAUGGCCUUGUCCGAGGGCAGUGAUCGCCUGGAAUCUUGGCUCCAUCCCCCAGUGACGCCCCAUCUCACGGGCUACGCCUUUCAUAUCACCAACCCUGAGGCUGUGCUCCAAGGCAAGAAGCCAAUCUUGGAGGAAAAGGGUCCGUAUGUGUACAAAGCAGUCAAUAUCAAAGAUGCCGAUGGCAACCUUCAGUUCCACGAGGAUCACACCAUCACCUACCGCCUGAGGAAGCUCUAUUUCUAUGAGCCCAGUUUGAGUGGGCCGGGUUUGGACCCCGCCAAAGACUACUUGACCGUGCCCAACAUCCCACUAUGGACGGGCCUUAAUCGAUUAAAGGACAAAGGUGCCCUCGCCCGAAGCGUGGGUGAGGGCCUAGUGUUGGGCAAUGGACUGGCCAUUCCCUUCAUCAACGUGACCUUCGAUGGACUCCUGUGGGGCUACGAGGAUGAGCUGCCCUGUCUGAGCUUGGAUAUGCCCUCCGAGUGCCAAGACGAGGAGGCCAGCCCAUUUGGCUCCAGUGAUGAUGACGACGACGACGAUUGGGGUUGGGAUAAGAGGAAGAAGAAACGCCGCCGGAAGCGCCAAACCCAAGACGGCCAAGACGACAGAUACGCCGAUAUUGAGAACGACCCCGAGUCCGAAUGGCACGGCAUUGCCAAGCCCAAGGCCGAGUUUGUGGACUGUAAAUGUAAUUGGGGCCUGUUCCGGGAUCGCAACGUGACGAUGCGCGAACCCGUGCGGUUCUUCUCCGGGGUGGGUGAUCUCAGCUCGAAAGGCGUGGUCACCAAAUAUGAUGGUCGAGACACGUUGGGCUGGUGGGCCAAAGACUCGGUUUGUGACCAGGUCAAAGGUCAAGACAGUUCCACUCUCCCUCCGGGCAUCACCAAAGAGACCGUCCUCGACGUGUUCAUUUCCCUCAUGUGCCGCGGAUUACCGCUCCAAUACGAAAAGGAAACGGAGCACGCCGGAAUCCGGACCUAUCGCUUCAUUCCCCCUUUGAACGCCAUGGGAGCGCACGACGACCCUGACCCCGAGAAAAGGAACCCUGACAACGAAUGCUAUUGCCUCGAGGACGAGGGCUUCAAGUGCUACAAAUCCGGCGUGUUGAACAUGGAGCCUUGCAAACGCGCCACCCAGGCCCCUCUGGCCUUGAGCAUGCCCCAUUUCUACAACGCCGACCCCGUUUACCAACAGGGCGUGGGUGGACUCACGCCCAACAAGGAAGACCACCAGUUCUUCCUGGACGUAGUCCCCGAGUUCGGCUUCCCGCUGGCCAUUCGACCCCGGUUCCAAUUGAACAUCCUCAUCGGGCGGUAUGCCUCCGGCACCUGGGACAAGAUCCAGAGCAUGCAAGACGAGAUUCUCAUGCCGUUCCUGUGGGCUCAGGAUGGGUUUGACGAGCCCUCGGAGGAGAUGGCAGAGAAAAUCAAAAUGGGUCUGGGUGCGCCCCAAAAGAUCCCUCUCCUGGGCGCCGUGGUGUGCCUCUUCAUUGGCGCCGUGCUCAUGGCCAUUUGCUUGGGCUUCUUCUUUUGGCAGAGACGAGUUCGAGCCUCGCGCAAGUUCGAUGACGCCAAUCAAUUGGGGAUGAGUCCGUAUUCAACGUAGUCAAAUCUGAUAUAACAUUAAUUCGAGGGUCGGCAUAUUUUCGACCCUCCAGAGACCGACAACUGCUCCCGGCUCCACACAUAAUGACCAAAUAGAUAUUUUGGCUGUGACAGUCACCCAAGGGAGAGAGGGAGAUUUGAGAAGUCUUUUAGAAUGUGAAAUACGGUCUUCUCCUCCUCCUUAGAAACUUUGCACCAUUAUGACUCGUUAUAUGUCCUUCAUUCAUUGAUGUUAAGUACGAUGGAUGGAACAAUAUCAAUGACGUUGGUGGCGAAGAAUAACUAAAAUUAAUGCCAAAACCUAUCAAAAGACCAUUUUAGCCCAUUUUUAUGUUACCGCUCAACUGAUGGGCCACGUUUCAAUCGAGAAUAACUUGAAAGAUUGCCGAAUCAAGAGAAGAAGAAAAUCUCCACCGAGACAUCUCGUUUUUUUACUUGAAGGGCCUUUGCGAACGUCAAAUUCACUAAACGGCCAAGAUGGGGUGGGCUGUAUUUGGGGGAUCCAAGUGGAAUGAUUACUCAAUUAAGCCAUUUGCGAAGAGGGGGGAGCCCAUUAUUCCUCGGGCAUUCCUCCCAAGAAGGUCGGUCCAUCCCGCCAACUAGCUAGCUCAUCGACAAACUAUUUGCUGUAUGUACAUAUCACUGUUGCCCGUGUUCUGUUCUUUAUUCUUUAUCAGAUCUAUGCGCUGUGUGUGCCUUGAUUUAGAAGGAGGCUCUCUUCAAAAAGGAACUCUUAUGGUCUCCGCAUCUCAACCACAAGAUGCUCCUGUCUGCCGAAUAACAUCCUGAUAAAAUUGAAAAGUAUGCUAGCCACGUUUUAAAAAAAAAUGCUUUCAUGCUGCUUAGUCAUUAAUCUUGUCUUAUGGUGAUACUGAUGUUCAUCGAUUGGCAAUGAAUAAUAAAGACAGUCUCUGUUGUACAAA